CCAAUGCUACGAAUGUAACCGGAUCUUAGCUUGGUGGCUAAGUCCUCCAGAAAAACGUCUUAAAGUCUCUGUAGAACAAUUGUUUGAUUUGUCUACAUCAGUAUCUCCGUGUAAUCGCGAUUCUACGUGUUUGUUCUGAACCGCUUGGAUUAUUUUUCGCCGACGUUUCUAGUACAGAAUAUAAUUAUUCUUAAGUAGUGAAGUGAAUUUGAUGUCAGUCAGCCCGGAGCUAAAGCAACUGACAACAUAAACUAAAUCAAGUGAAGCUUUUAAAAGUUCACGCAACACGAGUCCACACAGUUUGUCAGCCUGUAGGCGGAAGAACACACCGUCUGUGGACACCUUCUCUAAGCUUGUUGUCUGAGGACCGAGAGACUGGAGACAGUUACAGAGUGGCUCCAGAACUACUAACCAAGCGGCAGAAUAACAGAAGAUCUGGGUAACAUGGCUGAAAUCUUGAUCUACUAUAACAUGUGAAGGAUGUGAUUAGUGAAAAGGAGAAUCCCAAGCGGAUUGAGGAUGACUGAGAUGAUGAAGGUCGAAGCAGGUGAACCUGGAGGGUUCAGCUUGGAGCCCCCCAUAUCUGCAGCAUCCGUAUCAGAACUGGAGAAGACACAAGACGACAAAGAUCUCAGUGAGUGUAUGGAUCGGAGCAAAGUUAUUCUGGGUGCAAGUAAAAAAAUAAAUAAAAGGGGGAGUUACAGAAAGAAUCAGAAAUGAUUACAUCAUGUCUACUGAUCAGCUGCUCUUGGUAAUUAAAGAAGAGGUUCCUGAUCUGCGGAACUGCAGUUUGGACAAAGAAUCCCCUCACAAAAAGGAGAAAGAGGACAAACUCUGGGGCUCUCUGGAGGAAGAGCAGCUUGAUGAGAAGGAAGAGAUGGAUUUCAUUGCUGUUAGUGUGAAGAGUGAAUGUGAUGAAGAGAAACCUCAGUUGUCAGACCUUGAUUGCAUCAAAAUUGAAGAGAACAUAGACACAGAAGCUUCACCUAGCACGACUGUUGAGCCGAGGGAAGCAGAACCUGAUGGAAGAUCAGAACCAGAGAGAAACUCUGAUCCAAAUACAGAUGAAAAGGCUUUGGAUUCUUCUGGGACUGAAUCGAUCCCGACGAAGAAAAUGACUGACUUGUUGUUGUAGGAGCGACUAUAUCCAGCAGAUGGCAGCAAUGGGACUCGUAGGAUUCAAACCUAGAGUGUGUCUGUAACGGUGCCUGAUCAAAAUCCAUCAGUGAUCCAUGGUUUGCGGGGACAUACCUGUCGUCGUCAAUACCGCGGUGGAUCGAGACAGAAUUGUACCCGGUUGCAUUCUGAGUUGAUGGGCUUGGUUCGUGUGAAGCAAUCCUCUGGUUUGUUUUUACUGACUGCGGGGACCAGGCGGGGACACCAUGGAGGAAGUGGAUGAUGUUGAACAACAUAGAUCUGAAAGUCUACCUUUAGAUGAAGUGCAGAUGAAACAGCUCGAUGUCCGUCUGCCGCAGGAAGUUGGUGGAAAUCAAACAGCUGUGUUCCCAGUCCUUCGGCUACUGAACGUUAAAAAUGAGGUUCUCCAUGCCUGGAGCGCCAGUACCCAGCAGCAGCAUCCAGAGGCCUUCCACAUAAAGGAAGAGGAGGAGGAGGAAGUCUGGACCAAUCAGGAGGAAGAGCGGCCUAAUGAGCAGAAGAAGACUAUCAGCAGGUUCCCUUGCACUGUUGUUACAGUGAAGAAUGAAAGUUAUGAAGAGAAACCUCAGUUAUUAGAGCUACAUCAGAUCAAAACUGAAGAAAACCGAGAGACUGAAGCUCUAAUCAGCAGCUCAGCUCAACAGAUAAAAACAGAACUUCAUAGCAAGGAUAGUGUAGGACCAGAACCAGACAGGAACCUGAAUCCAGCAUGUACCUUUGAGCAAAAUCCAAAUAAAAAUGCUUCAGAUUCCUCUGACACAGAAGCCAGUGAUGAUAAUAAUGAUGAGGACUGGCAGGGACCUUUGUCAGAUUCUGGGUCUGAAACUAAAAUGAGUCACAAUUGUGAGAAUGUCCUGAGUGCAUCUCAGUCAAAUGUAAAUGGUGAAGAGAAAUGUAACUCAGUCGUGGCUGGUGAUGAAGGAGAAAAACUGUUUGCUUGCAGUAAGUGUGAUAAAAGAUUUAAAAAGCGGGACAAUCUUACGGAUCAUGCUAGGAUCCACACCGGUGAGAAGCCAUUUGGUUGUGAUGUUUGUGAGAAAACAUUCAGGCGGAAGGACUGUUUGCGAAAACACAAGAUGAUUCACAGCGGGAAAACGGCGCACAGCUGUGAUUUCUGUGGGAAAGGGUUUAUAGAAAAGACGGAUCUUCAGGCGCAUACAAGGCUCCAUACCGGAGAGCGACCUUUUGCAUGUGAUGAAUGUGGAAGAAGGUUUCACAAAAAGUCAAUUCUCACAGUGCACAUGAGAGUCCACUCUGGGGAUAAACAGUUCAAGUGCACCGUGUGCGAAAAAAGAUUCCGAUUUCAGCACAUUCUUAAAAAGCACAUGAUUGUUCACACCGGAGAGAAGCCGUUUGUUUGUGUCGUCUGUAGUAAAGGAUUUUCUCAACAAGAAACUCUGAAGAGACACAUGGGUGUUCACACGGGGGAAAAGACAUUUGUUUGUAGCGACUGCGGUAAAGACUUUCAACAGAAGAUACACCUAAAAGAACACAUGAAGGUCCACACGGGGGAGAAGCCAUUUGGCUGUGACGUGUGCGGUAAGAAAUUCAAAAAAAAGUCAUAUGUUAAAACACACAUGAUGUCUCACGCUGGAAAGAAAGCGCACAACUGUGAGCUGUGCGGGAAAGGCUUUUUAGUCAAGGGUGGUCUUCUGAAACACAUGAGGAUUCACAAUGGAGAAAGACCUUUCAGCUGUGAUGUUUGUAGCAAGAGCUUUCUGCAGAGGAUCCAUUUGAAGGCGCACAUGAGAGUUCACACAGGAGAGAAACCAUUUGGAUGUGAAAUCUGUGGUAAAAAGUUCACAAAGAAAUCCUAUGUUACAACACACAUGAUGUCUCAUGCUUGACAGAUGACAGGAUUACUGUGUUGAUUUGCAGAUGCGCACCAAACUUCACACAAUAGCAGGAUGUCUGCGCAUCCUUAAAAAGUCUUAAAAUCAUGUAUCUAAAAUGAAGGCCUCAAAUUGUCAGGAAACAGGCCUCAAAACAGAAAACUGGCCUUAAAUACGUUAAUCACAGGUCUUAAAUUUUCUAUAUUCUGUGUAGUUAUCGUUUUUCUUGCGGGACUUUGCUAUUAUGCAAAACUUUGAGUGUGUGAGUCAAGGUGGUUGCCAGCAACUAGCUGCUAGGAUACCCUUGCAAGGGUAAAGCUAGCUAGCUUUUAUAUGUUAAUUAUGAGUAAGUGCAAAUUUAUCAGCAGUUUAUGGAUAAUGUUUGCCUUUGCCACUAACACACUUCAAUACAGUUUAUUUAUUUGCUAUUUUCUUUUGUACAUUUCUGUUGUGAUACAGGUCUUAAAUCUCAUUCAUAAUAGUUUUUAAAAAAACAGUCUUAUAAAGUCUUAAAUUUGAGUUGGUGUAACCUGCAGAUAUUCUGUAUGGGGUGAAGAAUUGGCCUAGGCCAUACUGGAGGGUUUGGUGCCUGAUAUUUGUAAUUAAAAAUGGAACUGAGGCAUAGCAUUCUGGGACACAAAAUUUCUUAGAGAAAGAUACCCAAAAGGUCUUAUAACCCUACAACACGUGCCUGUUUAAUGUAUCUGAAUGAACCUGCUAUUUGUACUACAGAGCAAGUUGAGCAUAGCUGUGCUUUCCCUUUGUAAACUGGCUACUAGAAAGGAGGUAAAAUUACUAUAACAGUGAUUGUUAUAGUUUUUGUUAUUCAGAUACAUUUGACAUAUUUGUAGUGCUUUUUGUUACUUAAAACAAAAUGUAAAGUAAACUCUAGAGAACUUAGUAAAACUGAAUGUCUGCUAUUGUGCUAUUUGAGUGUUGACCUGUUCACAACGAACUGCAGAAUUCAGAUCAGAGGUGUGGAACUGCUCCUGGAGCACUUUGUCCCCCAGAUUUUUGGUCUCUCUUUGCUUCAGUAUACCUGGUUCAAAUUAUAAUCGUCCUCAGCAGAACUUUGACACACUAAAAUGCUAAUUCAGCCAUUUAAAUGAGGCGUGUUGCAGCAGAAAUAGAUCUAAAACAUGUAGAGUAUUAUGUCCCGAGGUGGGACACAAUGGGAGAGUUUGGAAACUGGAAUAAACUGGCUUAAACUCUCCAGAUAUCUGCAAAUAUUAUUUUAUUCUGACUGGAUGCAGGCUAUGUACCUCUGUUGACCAUUCCAGAUCAGUGAGCCUUAAGAAUCUGUAGGUUUUCCUUAACCAAAGCUUUGUGGCAGAGAUGGUGGAGGAACUGCCACACAGCUACAAAUAUGAAGUUAUGAAAUUAUUUCACUUCAUUUCCUUAAAACAACUAUUUUAUGUAUUCUAUUUUAUUGUAUUUUUUUAUAAUACAGAACAACACGUGUAACUGUAAAAUUAAAAAUGAGUGAAAUACUUUUCUGAAUAUAAAAUUCUCUCGAGCAAAGCAGCUUUGUCUGAGCUGACUUGAUAAAUAAAUUUGCACCAUCAGUACAUUUAUAAAUCUAUCUUUUGUGAAUUGUUUUCAGAUUUGUCUUCGGCUCAUGUUUGUGGAGUUUUUGCCUAAUGUGGAUAUAUAGAUAUGUCUCAUGUUUUUUUUGUUUGUUUACUAAAUUAAAAUAAUAUGAGUACAAAAACUCAUCAUGGAUUACAAUCUUGUGAUUAUAUAUUCAUGUACCACUAGCUGAAGUAUAAAAAUGUUACUGGCAGUGAAAAAUGUUUUUCUCUUAUGCAUCCAUUGUUUUCCUAUGUUUUCUCUUUUCACAGUUUUGUUGCUUAUAGUUCUUUUUUUUUCUUCUAAAAGUCAUUCAAUUUAAUUCUCAUCAAAUGUCUCGGGGGCACUUUACAAGAUAAACAGAUAUAAGUUGUAUACAGAACUGUGUGAUCAAAUGAAUCCAUAUAUUCCAAUUUAAUUGGAUUUAUCAUAAGUUCAGUUUGUUAUGCUUGCUGGUCUAAAAGUUUUCUAUGUCAGAAAACCAAGCCAAUGCUAUUGAGAGACUAUACAGCAAUACGUCCUCUUGAACAAGCGUGUCGUGACUCUGUACUGUUGAUUGCAUGGAGACAUUAAGUUUGCAGCAAUCCCUCAUGUCACAACAGUGGAAGGAAACAACUCCAUUUUAACAGGAUGAAACCUCAAGUGGACUGAAGAAGAAAGAGCAGACACAACAAAGAGCUGUGACCCAGGAGUACUCUCUUUGUUAGAAGUAAAGUAUAAAGGGUUUAGAAGGAAUAGCUCUCCUGGCAGGGUCAUCUGGGAGAACAUGAAGUCUCAGUUGAAGCUGAAGUUGGCGUCUUCUGAUUAGGGAAAUGCCACCUAAUUUUUCACUACCUUGAGCAUCCUUAAUUUGUCCUGGUUAAAAACUAAAAUACCUAGGCACUUCUAAUAUGGUCUUGAUUAUUCUACACAGAUUGCAGAAUAUCUAAAACCAUAUCAAUAAAGGGCAAUAUUAGUUAUUUUUGCAUCUGUACCAUAUUACAGCUCCAAAACUCUUAACACAGACUCUUCAAACCUGGUCUAUUUUGCACUACUAAGUACUUAAACAUAGUUUGUGAUUGUAAAACUUUUAUUUGACUUGUGAGGCUCCAACAAGGGCAAUACGAGCAAAUUUUUAACCGAAAAGCUUUUGUUUUACUCUAUUUUGAAUGUGCACACCGGUAGCGUGGUAGGAUGUCUCGCCUCCGUUGGACUGCAGUUUUCUGGUUUGUCCACCAGAUGGCAAUGUAUAGCUUUUUUUUUUUU